AUAAAUUACGCUAAUUGAAACCGUUUGCAGUGGUUUUUACGAGAUAUAUUUCACAGAUUUGCUUUUUACUACAAAAGGCAAAAGCUAUCGGGAUACCUCGAGUUUCCUCAACGCAUCAUGCUGCUAGUUUUUCAAAUUUUUAAGAUGCCAAGUGUCGCGUGCAGAAGAGAACUGACUGAAGAAUUUUAUGUAGUACAUUCAGGGAUAAAUUUGGAUUGAAAAUUUGAAAAGGUAUAUGCCAGGCAUGCUUACGUUGAACAAGCAACACUGAAGUACUUCAUAUAAUUGGCGAUGGAAAUGGGAAGACCCGUCAAUUACACGGUUUGCCAUUCAAGUCAAAGCUGAUUAACCCAUCAAAAUCACCUGCUAGUUGAAAUAUGAUUUAAAAAACGAUUUUUUCACAUGCAACAUCAACUUUGUCGAUGUUCGUCUUCAAGAUCAAUGACCAGCCAAUGUUCGAAAUAUACGGAAUAAGCACAGAGGCAAAUUGAAGAAUUCUUGAAAAAAAUGAAAGCGCGUUUUAUUUAUUGCGUCUAUUUGUAUCUUCUUAUUUUGUAUUGCCAAACAAUAUUUCCUAUGGAUGCAGGCAUUGUCAAUGUUACAAUGGUUGAUAAAGCGUCUCAGUUUCUCGGAGACUUCCAACGAUCGAACGUAAACAUCACAUUCCAUCUCCCUUCCCAUGGAAAUAUUGUAGAAUCUUUACAAGUGUGUGCAGAUAAUGGAUGGCCAUUGUUGUUUGUUCAGAAUAAUAGAGUAUUAGGCUGUGGUUUAUUGUUAACCACUUGGGAAAACUUGACAUCCACCCAGAAUAAUGCUUCAGAUGAUACAUCGUCUCUUUCUUCUAUGGUAUCAAGAAAAUCAAAACGUUUAGUCGAAACAACUAUCGAAAAACAUUCUUUAGUUGGGGAAAAUCAGGAAGUCGUAACACUCAGUAAAACUGUAAAAUUUUGGUCUUUCUUUGAUGAUCAGUCGCUUGAGACAGAAAAAUCAUCUUGGAAUGUUGGUAGAACACCUUCAUUUGUAUCUCAUCCCUCAAAUGGCUCACUGGCGUCUUAUAUAAAUAGCACCAACUCUCUGCAACCUUCAUCUAUAACUACGCUAUCUCAUCCUUCAAAUGGCUCACUGACGUCUGAUAUAAAUAGCACCAACUCUCUGCAACCUUCAUCUAUAACUACGUUAUCUCAUCCUUCAAAUGGCUCACUGACGUCUUAUAUAAAUAGCACCAACUCUCUGCAACCUUCAUCUAUAACUACGUUAUCUCAUCCUUCAAAUGGCUCACUGACGUCUGAUAUAAAUAGCACCAACUCUCUGCAACCUUCAUCUAUAACUACGUUAUCUCAUCCUUCAAAUGGCUCACUGACGUCUGAUAUAAAUAGCACCAACUCUCCCCAACCAUCGUUUGUUACUUCAUCAGAUAGUAACUUAAAUGGAUCACUGUCAUCUACCUUAAGUACCAUCAAUUUUCCUCAACCAUCUUUUGUUACUUCAUCAGAUAGUAACUUAAAUGGAUCACUGUCAUCUACCUUAAGUAACAUCAAUUUUCCUCAACCAUCUUUUGUUACUUCAUCAGUUAGUAACUUAAAUGGAUCACUGUCAUCUAACUUAACUAACAUCAACUCUUUGCAACCAUCUUUUGUUACUUCAUCAGUUAGUAACUUAAAUGGAUCACUGUCAUCUACCUUAAGUAACAUCAAUUCUCCCCAACCAUCGUUUGGUACUUCAUCAGUUAGUAACUUAAAUGGAUCACUGUCAUCUACCUUAAUUAACAUCAAUUCUCCCCAACCAUCGUUUGUUACUUCAUCAUUUAGUGACUUAAAUGGAUCACUGUCAUCUACCUUAAGUAACAUCAAAUCUCCCCAACCAUCGUUUGUUACUUCAUCAGUUAGUAACUUAAAUGGAUCACUGUCAUCUACCUUAAUUAACAUCAAUUCUCCCCAACCAUCGUUUGGUACUUCAUCAGUUAGUAACUUAAAUGGAUCACUGUCAUCUACCUUAAGUAACAUCAAUUCUCCCCAACCAUCUUUUGUUACUUCAUCAGAUAGUAACUUAAAUGGAUCACUGUCAUCUACCUUAAGUAACAUCAAUUCUCCCCAACCAUCGUUUGUUACUUCAUCAGUUAGUAACUUAAAUGGAUCACUGUCAUCUACCUUAAGUAACAUCAAUUCUCCCCAACCAUCGUUUGGUACUUCAUCAGUUAGUAACUUAAAUGGAUCACUGUCAUCUACCUUAAGUAACAUCAAUUCUCUGCAACCAUUGUUUGUUACUUCAUCAAUUAGUAACUUAAAUGGAUCACUGUCAUCUACCUUAAGUAACAUCAAUUCUCUGCAACCAUUGUUGGUUACUUCAUCAAUUAGUAACUUAAAUGGAUCACUGUCAUCUAACUUAACUAACAUCAACUCUCUGCAACCAUUGUUUGUUAAGUCAAUUUCCUUCGAAAUGUCAUCAUUUUACGAUGCCAGCCAGUCAAGUUCACGCAUUUCUUUUUCUUCAACAUUUAAUACGACGCGACUAAACACAACACACUUAAUUCAAGCGUACAAAACUGAAAAAUUCGACAAGCUAUCACUAAACGCGUUGACCGUAGUAAGGUUUUCGACCUGGAUAGACAAACCUGGAAAUAUAUCGAUGACUUGUGUUUUUAAUCCGGGGGACGGAACUCCUGUAAUCUCUUUCGAGGUAACUUCAUUGUCAAUGGUGUCUUUUUUUCAUCAAUUUAUCAUCCUGGGGACGGUUCUACCUCGUAUAUAUUGCCAUUCAAGCGAAACUUAUCGAAUUUUGAACGUGUCAAAACGAUUGGAUAUUGGAAUUCCUUUCAUUCAUGACAUUAUCGGAUGUCCUAAAGUGUAUAGCACAAACGUCAGCUAUUACUGUCAAGUAAAUGUUUAUCAAGGUGGAAAAAAUUUGAGUCUGGUGGUUGGCGUUGAAAAUGAUUUGAAUAUGGAAUACUCUUUGCCAGUUACCUCUGUUGCAAAAUACUCAGUUCUAUCCAACUGCUCAAAGAACGCGACGAGUUUAAGAUCUUUCGUUCCAUUAUUGACCGUAAACAAGACUUUUUUCUUAAGAUCUGUUGAAUUUGAAUCAAAUCUUGAUGCUACAAUAAACUUGGAGAUAUUAAGACCAUCCGCGUUUCCUAAGCUUAAGUCUGAGCCCGCGAGCAACCUUUCUUGUGCGUCCGAAAAUUUGUCUGGUCACAACGUCAGUAUGUGCUUUCAAACUUUUAUAACUGUUUGUGAUGAGUGUUUGGAAGACGUUGAUUAUAUAGUGAAACAUAUUGUUGCUGUCAAUGUCAGUAAAGGUCGCAAUUACCUAACUUUGCUCGAUAAAGAUGCCCUCGUGACUUAUCCUGAAGAUAUUAUUGGCUAUCGAAUUGACCAAUCAAAGAACAUGCAAACUGCUAAUGCAAUGCCAAACUAUCAAACAUCAAAUUGUGAUUCUAUAAAGGCAUGUACUAUGUACGGUUACGUACCCUACGAGACAAGGAUCUCCUUACGCUUUGUUAAUCCCGGAGUUUUGCCCCUGAGGAUGUUGCUGCGCGACAAAGGAAGAAUUGUGAAAGAAUAUAAAACGUUUGCAAUGAUUCAGCAUCCAAUCUCUGAUCUACAAUUCAAUUAUACACCCAUUGUUAUUCUGAACACUACACGUGCCAUUAGUUUUAGCCUGUCACGUGGUACUAAUGUUAGCUGUGAUUGGUCCCUUAUCGGAAGUGUUGUAAACAUAAGCCAAAAAAAUUUCAAGAUUUCAUCGCAACAGAAUAAAUUGGAAAUGUCAUUUUUAUACAACCACAAUAUUUCAGAUGACAUGACGUUUCUCGUCAAUUGCUCCAAUAAAGUAUCGACACUUUCCGAUAAUGUCACGAUAAGCGUCCGUCGUAAGAUAUCGAAUCUUGAAGCUUCUUUAUGCUUUGCAGUGUUUGCGUACACUGAUGCUAACACUUGCUUGAAAGCAUUGGCCACUGGGGAUCACGUUGGAUAUAAGUGGACUAUAGGGAACAAACGAUACAGUGGAACAAAGAUCCAAAUGAAAUUCAACACGGGUGGAAUUUCAAGAAGGAAAAACUUGGUGUACGUUUAUGCCGAUAAUGUUGUUUCAAGGAAAGACAUGAACCUAUCUGUUGACGUUUUGGAAAAUCCGUUAACAGUUCAAAUGUCAUCAUUGAGGAUUCCUUCAAAUGAGGACAUACAAAUAAUUCCUAUUUUAAAUUGGUUCCCAUUCCCCAACGGCUUAGUCUUCUACUUACAUCACGACAUUAAUAUUACUAGUGAUUUAAAAAAAUUCAUCGACCGUCCUUCCUUCAAUGUUGCAAUUAACAAACUUGUGUUUGAAAAUAUAUCUAAUGGAGAACAGCUGACUCAUGCAUUUAACAACGUGGGCUCAACCCGGAAGACUUUCACAAUCCACGUCGAGGCUGUCCAUCAUCGUGAAUUGAAUCGGGUUGCUAAGGUCGUGGUACUGGAUCGAGUAACUGACCUGCGUUUUUACAGCUGUCCUAGAACUUGUGCAACUGGUCUAAGUUGUAAAUUUAUUGCUGAAAGUAUUGGCAGCGACAUUACUUACAUUUGGAAAGUUAACAACAGUAUAACAAAUCUGGAGUCGAAUAUUCUCGAGUAUGUGUUCGUUUUUGAAGGAGUUUUUACGAUUUCUGUUGAAGCUAUGAAUGAGGUAUCUUUUGAAAGGCUCACAUGCAAUGUGACCGUGGUGUCUAAAUCAACUGCUAAUGAAACCAAUACACUGCUUCCUCAAUCCAUUGUGAAGACGCCUGAAUUCACCAUGGAGUUACAUCAAGCAACAACUCGUCUGUUUAGCGGAAGUGCCCAACUAAAACCAACAUCUUCUUUCAUGGAUUUUUCCAAGAGCGUGUCUGUUUUAAACGAAGCUGGACCUAACGCUACAAAAUAUUAUGAAAUCUUUAUAAAUAAUACUUGUGGUCUGGAAUCAGUAAAACUGUUCGGUGUUUCUGGAAACAUGAAAGAACCAACAAAAUUCUUGAAAGAAGACACAUUAUCCGUGGUUUUAAAGACAACUUUAUCGUGCAAUAUUGUCGUUGAACUUAAAUACGCUUGGAAGAUUUUGACACAUCAAAUGGUCGCUGGUGUUUCAAAAGCUGUUCCUCUGAAUUUAAACGUCACCACCAACAAAUCAACUUUUCAUAUUCCGACAAACAUUUUAAACGAUGGUUUUUAUGAGGUACAAGUCACGGUUGGUAAUCCCAGCGAUCGUGGGACUGUCGUUUUACGAUCGGGCUAUUUUCGUAAAAUAUCCAAUCUUAUAAAUUUAGCCCUUGAUUGUGGUACAACGCGCAUGAUCUCGAUUAAAGAACCGCUGAUUAUCAAUGUUAACCUGACUGAGGAUUCCAAAGAUCUGAUCUUUGAGUGGUUUUGUGACACGCUAUUGAACAUCACGUGUUUUAGAAAUCAUAUUUACAGAAAUUUGUCCCGCCUUUGGUUUCCAAGUGGCUACUUUGCUGUUGGUGAUUCGUAUGAUUUUUUCGUAAUCGUUACUGAUGGCGAAAGGAAAGGUUCAGCGACGCAGAAAGUGACGUUCGUUGCUUAUAAUGAAACUCUUGGUGUUUGUCUAAGAAAUCGUGAAAAUUGGAAAGCAGUUCCAGUAACAAAAGAUGCGAUGUUUCUUUCAUAUUGUGCCAAAUGUUUAUCCGUUCAUCUCACAAUAUUUUCAUGGAAAGUUGUGAAGAGAAACACAACACACGAGCGGACUGUGUUACGAAAUGUUUCUGUUAACACAAGCAAAUUGAUUAUUCCUGCGGGAACGCUGACAACUAAUACUUUAUAUGAAAUACAGCUAAAUGUUAGCGCUCCAAGUAGAAGCAUUGAAGAGAUUUCUAGCUAUGAAUUCAUGACGAACGAUCUACCUUCAAAUGGUUACUGUGAUAUUAAGAAAUUUAAGGGAUCUAUUUCUUUGAAUGCUUUCGAUAUUACAUGUUACGCAUGGUAUGAUAGAAAUCAACCGCUGACCUACGAAUUCUGGUAUUCUACCGACGGCUCACAUUAUUCUUUGUUCUACUCUGGUAAGAAUUCAAGCUCGGGAACGACUUAUUUUAAACAAGGUUUACAGAAAGAAAACUUCAUUAUCCGUGUAAGGAUAUUCAUUAGGGAUGCUUUGGAAGAAUCGACAUCUAUGAUUUUACAUGUCAAGAGUCCUCCACUUUCUGAUGAUGAAGUUUCAACUCUUCUGAACUCAUCCGAAGAUGUUGAUGUACAAAUUAAAAAGAUGUUGCAAGAGGGAAAUACACAAGCUGCUUUGCAGUAUUUGGGAGUGAUUCUCGUUGUUCUCGACAAAACGUCAAAUCAAAGUAAUUAUAGAGAAGAACGCUUGAAGAUGCGCGAACUUAUUGCUGGUAGUCUCGAGCGAGUCCACUUUCAAGAUGACGUCGUCUUGAAAGAAACAAUUGACGUCAUAAUAUCAGCGAGCAAGCCUCCUUCUGAACUAACUGUGAAAGCACAGUUUCAUAUGUCCAACGUCAUUCGUAAUAUUAUCGAUAAUCUCACUUUGUUGUCAAGAAAAGAUGAAAUUCUUACUGGCGCCAAAGUUGUUGCAAACGGUUUGUCUUUAAUGAUAACUGCAGCAUCCUUACUUAACAAAGACAUUAAACAGCUGGGAAUCAUCAACGAAGCUUUAUUGAAAUCAAUCGAAAGUUUAGGUGAUGUUCUUCUAAAGGAGGCUCAACCAUAUCAUCCAGCGGUUGUUCUUACCACAUCAAGGUUUACAAUAUCAGUGCAGAAACAUGAACCUGAGAAAUUGUCGGGAAAACGUAUCACCGUACCUGAUGAGAAUACAGAUUUUGUUGUACCCACGGAAUUGAGAUUUCUUUCCGAACCAUUUGUUAGUACCAAGAUGACAUUCAUGUCUCAUAAUACAUUAUUGCAAAGCAAUAUCUCUCAAUCAGUCCCAUCACCCAACACGGGUGUUUCGUCACUAGUCUUCCUCGAUCAUCAAGGUAGUGAAAUCAAAGUUCAUGACUUGCUAGAACCAUUUAUCAUCACUUUUAAAACCCCCACGAGUACCCAAGAAUCAUUAGCAGCCACUUCCAAAUCCAACCAAUCCGAGCACUCGUCAUGGCUAACCGAGGGCUCGUUACCAGACCUCUAUGAAGUAAACACAACCAACACCGAAUCAGCAAUCAUGGCUAGUAUUUUAGAGAUAUCUGGUGAUAGCAAAGGGCGACUGCGUUUGCGUUUUCAUCUUGAAAAAGACUCUGAUCACACAGGAAAAGAGUUUUUCGUUAUGUCAACUUCUUCUUUACCAGUCUCCUUUACUUGGCGCGGACCUGCCGAGCCUGGAAACUAUUUUGUCAGCGUUCAUUACGAGAGCUUUUCGUUUCGCAAGGGACGUAGAAGAAACGCUAUAAAAUACACGGUUUCCUUCAGGGAACUUGGGUGUUAUUACUGGGAUACUUCAGGAACUGAAUGGGAUCAUAAGGGAUGCAAGGUUGGUGUCCAAAGUACGAUGUCUUUAACACGAUGCGAAUGCAAUCAUCUUACUUGGUUUGGUCGUCAAUAUAUUCUUGUAAAACCAAAUGCAAUCAACUUCAAUCAAGUAUCAAAACUCGUUCAAAAUCCUGCUAAUUAUGUGACAAUCUUAAGCGUGAUGUGCGCAGUAUUUCUCUUGUUUUGUCUGGUUUUAAUCUGGGCCCGACGUCGCGAUAUGAAAGAUGAGAGAAAGAAUGUUAUUUCAUGGUGUUGUACAAAUCACGUGACAGACUCUCAUCAAUAUCAAGUUGUUGUUUACACGGGAUUAAGACGACACUCUGGAACGACUGCAAACGUUGGUCUUACUCUUUUGGGCAGGCUUGGGAAUAGCCGCAAAUGUUUUCUGAGGAGCUCAAAACGCGAUCUUUUAAAUUGUGGUGGUGUAGAUACAUUUCUGGUCACUACGGCCGAGAGACUGGGUCCUAUAGAUUAUCUCCAUAUAUGGCAUGAUAACACCGGUAGUAAUCCAUCGUGGUUCUUAAACCGUAUUGUUGUCAUCGACUUGGAGACUGGUAAAGCUGCAAAUUUUCUGUGUUACCGCUGGCUUGCAGUUGACGAGGGCGACGGCCAGAUUCAACGAUUGCUACAGAUUGCUGAUCCUGAAGAUUUAAAACGUUUUGGUCAUCUUUUCCUUUCAAGGGCAACAAAAGAACUUACCGAUGCUCACUUGUGGUUUUCAGUUGCCUUUCGACCUCUCUCCAGUCCUUUCACACGUGCACAACGCGUGUCAUGUUGUUUAACAUUGCUGUUAACAUCAAUGAUGGCGAGUGCAAUCUGGUACGAUACGGGGGGGAAUGGAAAUGCGGCCGAAGUCGAUCUUGGUUUGUUUACGUUCUCAUGGGAUAUUGUGUUUAUUGGAAUAUGCUGUAAUCUUAUUGUGUUUCCUGUGAAUCUUUUUCUUGUUCAAUUAUUUCGACAUUGUCGAGUAAAGAACGCGAAAUCUAUUACCUCGGCCCAGUCUCCUACAUUCAAUAUCAGCGAUCGGGUUGUUAAUUUCACAUCUUCUACAAACAGCUUCAAUGAAAACACGAGUCACUCGAAGUCAUGUGACAGCACCGUGAGAUGCGCUGACAUUGUCAUUAAACCACAAACUGCAGAGAUAAACAGAAUGUCAUUGACUUGUAAUCACGUGGUUGCAUCACGUGUUUUUCCAAAGAAUGGCGAAAAACUCUUGCCCCACUGGUGUCGCUAUGUCGCUUGGGUCGGUGUCAUUGUAACUUGUAUCGUAUCAACGUCCAUUACGUUUUUGUACGCAGUUCAAUUUGGUGAAAAGAAGACUCAGAAAUGGUUGUUAUCAAUAACUAUAUCGUUAGUAAACGAUGUUUUUGUAGCUCAACCGUCCAAAGUUCUUUUUGUUACUAUUGUGUUAGCGUACAUUUUCAAGAGACCUCUCAAGGAGCAUUAUCAUGUCAACGAUGUUAUACAACAUGACGUAUUUAGCAGCUCAGCGAACGAGACCAUUGAAAUGAAGGCUCCAGAUGCCAGUCUCUGUACUGCUGAAGAUUUUUUGAAAAUUGCCAGAGAGAAACGAACGAAAGAAAAAUACAUGUACGGUCUGUUGAAAAGUAUAUUUUCUCAUUUGUGUUUUACUUUACUUGUUCUUAUGACGGCUUACGGUCAAAGGGAUACCUAUGGAUAUUAUAUGACAAAUACACAGGAGAAUACAUUUGUACAUCAAACCUUUAAAGAAACAUCUCUGCGAGGACAAAGUUACUUAUUUCGACAGGUUGCUAAUGUAAAAGAUUUUUGGUUGUGGUGUGGAAAGGUUUUAUUUCCUGGAAUUUCCAACACGGAAUGGUAUAACUAUACCUCAGAAUGGUCCGAUUUUACGUCGAACUUUGGAGGAUUUAUUAUUGGAGCGGCAAGAUUGCGACAGAAAAGAUUAAAGAAAGAUAUUUGCAAAGUUCUUCCAUUAUUUGAAACAAUGAUUCAAAAUUGUUCUGGUAAUUAUGCAUGGAGUAAUGAAGACCAAAAGGCCUAUAAUGGAUCUUGGAUGAAACCUUACGGUGAAACAAAAUACUGUAGCAGCGGUAACGAUUGGUGCUUUGAACGACCAACGGACAAAAUUAAUGCACCUUAUGUUGGUCAACUUGAGACGUAUGCGAGAGGAGGAUAUAAUCAGGAUUUUUCACAGAAUUUCCGUACUUCUCUAAAUCGCUCAAAGGAUUUGGCCAUACAUCAAUGGAUUGACAAGUACACGAGAGUCGUCUUUGUCGAAUUCUCUCUAUAUAACCCUAACGUCAACUUGUUUUCAAUAGUAACUCUCGCCUUCGAGGUUUCGUCAAGUGGGUCUUUCAACCCGGAGAGUAAUUUCCUAUCCAUACGUCUCUACAAUUACGUUGGGAAUUUUCGAAUUUUUGUUGUUAUAUGUCAAUUAAUUUUCCUGGUUUUUCUGUGCUUCUAUACGUUUACAUCAAUAAAGAGCAUCGUUCAAGAUAAAUGUAAAUUUUUCGUCCGCGUAUGGUCUGUGUACGACUUCAUUAUCGUUAUCAUUUCUUGGGUUGCUGUGGCCGUUUACUUUGUCGCUGUCAAUUAUCGACAACGUGUGCUACACGAGUUUCGCGAAGAUCCCACGAAAUACGUUAGCUUUCAUUAUGGUGCUUCGUGGCAGAUGUUUUUGGAAUAUAUGACUGCGGCACUGGUCUUCAUGGUCUCGUUGAAAUUUUUGAGAAUAUUUCAAUUCAAUCGACGUAUGUUUCUACUUUCUCUAACGUUAUCUUCCACAGCGUCUGAUUUAUUUAGUUACAUAGUCGUAUUUUCCGUUAUUUUAACCGCUUUUUCAAUGCUUUACAACCUCAUGCUACACGCUUACAAUUUAAACUUCGUCAACAUUAUUGCGACCGUACAAACAUUGCUACGCGUGUUGCUAGGCAAAUCUGACGUGCUUGUGACACAUCAUCAGUUCCCAGUUCUCGAAAGCGUCGUCCUUUUCUUCUACAUGUGUUUGAUGAAGUUCGUCUUCUUGAAUGUUUUUGUCGCCAUUUUAAAUGAUGGUUUUUCCCGCGCACGAGAAAAGAACAAACAUGACAAAAAUACUUUUGAACUUCUCGACUUCACAUGGAAUGUCCUACGCGAUUUUCUAGGCAUACGGCGUUUGCACGCACUUAAAAAUGAGGGAAAACAGACCGUUAACAAAAAACAAAAGCGACUUCGAAUCAAGGAAAAGUCUAGAAACGUAGAGUAUUAUUUGUUAAAAAUCGAACGCCAAAUGGAGAAACUGUUGGCGAUUGUUGAAUCUGAUUUUUUCAGAGAGAUUUAUGAAAAUGAACUCGACGACAAAUAUUAUAAUUUCUCAUAAAUGGCGGGAUUUUUGACUGUAUUUUAACGACUACAAGCGUUGAUGGAGACUUCAUCAGCAUGACGCUUUAAAACAUGUGACAUAAAUUUAUUAUUGACGAAAUAAAGAUUUUCGUGUGUAAA